GCUGCCAACUCAUUGGAAAUACAUAUCAAAUAGCAGCCAUGUUCAUAUGUUUGAUUUCGGUUCGAUUUCUACAUUUAUCUAAAUUCAAAAUUUAACUAAUAUGGUCAGAAAGAAGACCGACAGCUGGAAGAAAUUAUACUUCCGACUGAUACGAGAGCACUACAAUGAGCAGAGGAAAGUGCAGGUCAUACGCAGUCAGCUGCGUCGCUUCCAGGCCCAUCGCGCACGCAUGCAGACAGACUUCCAGCAAGAGGCAGAGCAUCUCAGGAAGCAGAUGGAAACGAUGGACUAUAUAAGACAAGAACUGGAUCGCCUUGAGCGCACCAAGCACAGAAUGACACCAAAAAAGAGGCAGCAACUGUCAGCACUGCAGAAGAAGAUGCCCGUCGACUCGCUGGAGGAGCGGUUGAAAAUAAUGGAGAUAUCGGAGCUAUCAGACGCAGGGCUCCCGGCACAGCCGGAGAUGGAGAGGCAACUGGUAAAGAUGAACGCUGAUAAGCGGGCGAUUAAGCGGAACAAUGACAAGACAAUGGUCACCAUAGAGGAUAUACGCUGCCUGGAGACCAUCAGCAAAUUUCUACGCAAGGGAAAUUGCACCCGCAUCGAGAUUCGACCGUAUGUGAAUCGUGGCAACUGGCUGGAGGCCACAAUGGCAGCCGGCAAUCCGUCGGAUGUGAAGGCCACCAUUGUCCUGGAUCGGCUGCACAAGGUGGGAAAGGGAAGGACCAAGGGCAGGCACUUGACGCGACAGCAGCUGGAGGUGCAUCCCCGAAGUAUUCUGCUCAAAUGAACCGUUCUAAUGCCGGACAUGUAUCAC